UUUACCGAGUUGUCACCAACAUCCCUCACAGAGUCACAGAAGUGCACCUCAGGAUGUGUUGAAAAAAUAUCAGUUGACUCGGAUCAGAGCCGAGGAGAAAAAGGGGGGCAUUAUGCGAGAUGGUCCAAGCUUAGUCCAACGCGUCAAGUCGCGUCUCCCGGACCAAGGCCGUGGGGAAGUAGCACUUCCACACUUCAACACAACAAUUGAACCCCAAAGAUGGCAGAUUCGCAAAUAGAAGAUGAUGUUGCUCUCGAGACCCCCGCUGCAGACGUAUUCAUCGCUCCCUCAGUAAACCCCGACCUCCUCUUCACCGGCGCAUCCUACACCCACUACUCGGCCGUCCCACACUCACUGCAACCAACACCCAACCCCGACGCUGCCUCCUCGAGCGAGAAAACGAUACCAGGCCCAGCAUGCGCUCUAGGAGUCGACGAAGCAGGCCGCGGACCCGUUCUCGGUCCCAUGGUUUAUGGGCUCUUUUACCUCCCUCUCCCGCUCUCAGAUCCCUUACUUCGAACCACGCAUCAUUUUGACGACAGUAAAGUGCUCACACCGACCGUACGCUCGAAUCUCAUGGAGAAAUUGUGUACACCGGAUACGGAUCUGUAUACACAGUGCGGAUGGGCUGUCGAUGUAAUGUCCGCUCGAGACAUUGGCGCGAAUAUGAUGAAGCCGGCUGGGACGUACAAUUUGAAUGCUCAAGCUAUGGAUGCGACGAUUGCUUUGAUUCAGGGGGUGUAUAAACGGGGUGUGAAUGUGAAGGAGAUUUAUAUCGAUACGAUUGGGAACCCAGCUACUUAUCAGAAGAAAUUGGAGAGAGUGUUCCCGACGGCUAAGGUCACGGUUGCGAAGAAGGCGGAUAGCUUGUACCCGUGUGUUAGUGCGGCGAGUGUAUGUGCGAAGGUCACGAGAGAUGCUGCCUUGGAAGUUUUGUUUGAGAGUUAUGUUAAGAAGGGGGAAGGAGAUGGGGAUGAGGAGAUGAGCGGUACGGCUGAAGCUGGACAAGAGACUUGGGGAUCUGGAUACCCUUCUGAUUCGAAAACUACGGGAUGGUUGAAGAGGAAUAUGGAUCCUUGUUUUGGAUGGGGAGCAGAGUGUAGAUUUAGUUGGGGAACAGCGAAAGAUAUGUUGGAAUUGAAGGGCAUGGCAGCAAAGGUUGAGUGGCCGGUAGAAGAAGAUGAUGAGACGAGUCGGUUGACGGAUUUCUUCAGUGCGGAGAAGGAGCAAGAUGGGGAUGAGCUUGGAACGUGGUUUGGGAGACCAGUGGGUGUCGAUGUGUUUUGACGACAAUGAUCCAAGUUAUGUGAAUAGCUUGCGUGGUAAAACAUUGGUAUUGUUGAAGAUUGGAUGUAAACAUCCUAUGAAGACUAAGUGCCUUAAAAAAGAAUGAGCACAUGUUCUCUUAAACUCCCUUUACAAACUUUACUAUAUGAGCUCAAUGUCCCAACUUGAAAGAAGAAAUUCGAG